AUGCCUUCCCGCCGGAGGAGACGAGAACCAGCGAGCAAUGAGGCUACUGCUGCCAAGAAGAGUUGUUCACAUCAUUUGAAGAAAGAAGUCCCGACAGAAUUCAGCAAAAAGUGUUGUGUUUCUUGGUUUCACGAGUACACAGCGCCAAAUGAGGACGUCCUGGGUCCAGAAGGAAUGGAAAAGUUUUGUGAAGACAUCGGCGUGGAGCCAGAAAAUAUUGUCAUGUUGGUGAUUGCCUUCAAGCUUGGUGCAAAAAACUUGGGGUUCUUCACCUACGAUGAGUGGAUGAUGGGAAUGACAGAAUUACAGUGUGAUACCAUUGAGAAGCUACAGAACAGACUAGACUACCUAAGGGCUUUGCUAAAUGAGCCUCCAAUUUUUAAAAAUAUCUACAGAUUUGCAUUUGACUUUGCCAGGGAAAAAGACCAAAGAUGUAUGGAUAUUGACACAGCUAAAGCCAUGCUGUCAUUGGUAUUAGGGAAAAGCUGGCCUCUCUUCUCUUCUUUCCAUCAGUUUUUAGAGCAAAGCAAAUAUAAAGUGAUCAACAAGGACCAGUGGUGUAACAUCCUGGAGUUCAGCAGGACUAUCAAACCCAGCCUGGACAAUUAUGAUGAGGACGGAGCUUGGCCGGUGAUGCUCGAUGAGUUUGUUGAAUGGUCGAAAGAGGAACGGAAGAAAAAGGCUGACCAACUUUCAUUAUGA